CCUGUACUUCUUCGCCGCACCAUUUCUCUGUCGCGUUCUCAGUCUUCUGUCUCAUCAGCCAAUAAUCCAUUCGUUUCUCAGUUCGUCGGAGAUGAGGCCUCCUGUUAGAGGACGUGGCGGUGGCGGGUUUAGGGGAGGAAGAGGCGGAAGGGGCGCCGGUGGAGGUCGCGGCGGAGGUAGAGGCGGCGGCGGCGGAGGAAGUGCCAUGAGAGGCCGUGGAGGUGGACGCGGCGGAGGGAGAGGCCGAGGAGGAGGAAGGGGAGGAGGUAUGAAGGGAGGAAGCAGAGUGAUUGUUGAGCCUCACAGACACGAAGGAGUGUUCAUCGCUAAGGGUAAAGAAGAUGCCCUCGUCACGAAGAACUUGGUUCCUGGUGAAGCGGUGUAUAACGAGAAGCGGAUCUCUGUCCAGAACGAAGAUGGAACCAAAGUUGAAUACAGAGUUUGGAAUCCUUUCCGAUCGAAAUUGGCUGCUGCCAUUCUUGGUGGGGUUGAUAACAUAUGGAUUAAACCCGGUGCCAAAGUUCUUUACUUGGGUGCUGCAUCCGGAACUACUGUCUCACAUGUCUCCGACCUUGUCGGUCCUGAAGGAAUUGUCUAUGCGGUUGAAUUUUCUCAUAGGAGUGGCAGAGACUUGGUGAACAUGGCUAAGAAGAGAACCAAUGUUAUACCCAUCAUUGAAGAUGCUAGGCAUCCUUCUAAGUACAGAAUGCUUGUAGGGAUGGUUGAUGUGAUUUUCUCUGACGUUGCACAGCCUGAUCAGGCAAGAAUUUUGGCCCUAAAUGCCUCCUACUUCCUCAAAGCCGGAGGCCACUUUGUUAUCUCGAUCAAGGCAAACUGUAUUGACUCGACGGUUCCAGCAGAAGCAGUGUUUCAGAGCGAAGUGAAGAAGCUGCAACAAGAACAGUUCAGGCCGGCAGAACAGGUUACCCUCGAGCCGUUUGAACGUGACCAUGCUUGUGUGGUCGGUGGAUACCGCAUGCCCAAAAAGCAGAAGGCUGCGACUUCUUAGUUCUUGUUGUCUGUUAAUGGCGGAUCUCCUCAGUAUCUGGCUUUGGCUUUUGGUAGAGCAGCAGAGAUGCAUGCUUUUCAUUUCUUGGUAUUAUAUGUUUUGGCAUACCAAAUUUCACUGGUCUCCUGUAAUGUCGUGAUAUAUCACUGUGUUUGGACGAAUUAUAUACCGGUUAAUGCGGAAGAUGGGAUUUAUAUGAUUUUCAUUGAGAAA